AUGGCCGGCCAGCUUGGCUCUCUGCAGCAAGCGAAGCGCAAGCUCGAGACCGAAAUCCAGGCGCUGCACGCCGACUUGGACGAGACAAUCUCCGAGUACAGAACUGCCCAAGAUAACGCGACACGGGCAAUGGCUGAUGCGGCAAAACUGGCAGAUGCCCUCCGACAGGAACAAGAUCAUACACAGAAUGUUGAUAGGGCAAAGAAGGCCCUCGAGCAGACAUUGAGGGAAUUCCAGUCUCGUCUCGAUGAGGCCGAGGCUGCCGCGCUUAAGGGUGGCAAGAAGGUGAUUCAACAACUCGAGAAGAGGUCCCGCGACCUGGAGAGCGAGCUGGAUGGAGAACAACGACGAUUCCAGCUGGCGAAUAAGGACUUGAGCAAGGCCGAGAGGAAGGUCAAGGAGCUCGAGUUCCAGAUGAACGAGGACAAGAAGAACUUUGAUCGCCUCAACGAACUCGUCGACAAACUCCAAAACAAGCUGAAACAACAGAAGAAACAGAUUGAUGAAGCCGAAGAACAAGCGAAUGUCCACCUCGGCAAAUACCGCCAAAUCCAGCAUCAGCUCGAAGACGCUGAGGAGAGGGCCGACAUGGCCGAGAAUUCCGUCUCCAAACUACGCGCCAAAUCCCGCGUCGGUUCGAUGGCCCCAGGUGGUGGCGGUCUCCAGGGAUCUGCCUCUGUUGCCGUCAUGCGCUCUGCCAGCCGUGGAAAAUUC